AUGACUCAGAGAAGUAGCACAAACUUCCCUGUUCUUCCUAUGUUUCUCCCUGUUGGGAAGGCAUUAAGGUCUGAGGGCCCUGGUCCUGCAGAGCUGUUGGAUGUAGUGUGGAGGAGUGGAAGCAGAGAAGGGUCUUUUAAGAAACAUCCAUUGAAGGCUAUUCAGAGCACUAUUAACAUGACAGUUUCCAGUCUGAAGAAAGCAGUAGGAAGGAAGAAUGUGAAAAUAUCCAGGUCAGCAAAACAAGACUUUAUGGUAAUAUCAGAGGAAAAAGAAGAAAAGCAGGAUGGAAGCAAAAAUAAUCAUCCACAGAGCAUCUCACAGAAUCGUAAAAAGAAGGAUCUUGGGUAUUCAUCUGAGGCUUCUAAUCAAAAAGGAAAAAAUACAGUGAAUGAACAAGUCGAAGGGUUUUCUGAGAAACAUUGCCAGUUGAAGUCCACUCAGCAUACCAUUAAGAUGGAAGUUUCCCAUGGCAAGAAAGCAGUAAAACAGAAAAAUGUGCAACUGUCCAGAUCAGAGCCAGCCUUGCAGAUGUCAUCAGAUGAAGAGAAAGAAAGUCAUGAAGGAAAUAAAAAUAAACAGUCACAGGUUAAAAAACAAAGGAAGAAGUGUGAAGCUAAUGAGAUAGAAGUAUCUAAAUACCUCUGUGAUUUUGCAACUGAUGACAGUGAUGAUGAUGGAUUUACUCAAAAAAGAAAGGCUGGAGAAACCUACAAUCAGCAGUUUUCUAGGAAGGAGAAUGAAAAGUGGGACAGGCCUACAAAGAGAACAUCUAAGAACAAGAACAAGGUGAAAAAACAAAUACACACUAUGGAUGACCAUGAUGACUUAACCUGGUCAUCUGAGGGAGCCUCAGAGGAUUAUGAGUUUCCUUCCGUUAAUUAUAAGAAUUUGACAUUUCUUGCUAAACAACAUGGAAAGCACUAUAAAGAUUCUUUUAACCAAUUGGAAAUUCAAAACACAGCUCUGUCCUGUAAGAGCCAUGCAGAACGUAAUAAAAAUUAUUAUAAAAAACUUACAGAUAAUAUCAAAGCACUGGAAACUAUGAUUAUUUUUCUAAAAAUGAAGCUAUUUAAAACGAAAGGAAUAAACUUACAGUUAUACCAUCAAAGAUGUGAAUCGGAGCAAAAACUCCACAGUUUGAGAGUAACUAAACUAACAGAAACUUACCAAUUAGGAGAAUGUUCUUUCACAUCUACCUUUCAUGUGUACAUGUCUUUUCGGAGAAAAUGA